AUGGGGACGCGGGAAUCCUGGCUUGCAGCUCACGUCCCAGCCUCAGGCCCUGAAGCCGAGAUACUGUGGGGAAUCCCGGGCCAGAUGAGGGGAAGGCCAGUGCUCACCCCCAAGGAUUGUCUGGGGAGCAGAGUCCCCCAAGGCCCACACGCCUCCUGGGUCCUCCUGUUCCACAUCCAGGACCACGGCCUUCCAUGCCCUCGGUGGGGAGACCCAGCCGACCCCAGUGCACGACUGGGGUCCCCAGUCGCCAGCUGCCUGCCCGGCGUCCAGAGCUCAGCCCCUGCCCUGCCCUGUAAGAGCCCAGGACUUCUCGGGCGCUUCACUUCGGCUUCCGUGAGAAGACCUCCCAGUCCCUGCAGCAUGGGCAUGGCCCCUUCUGACCUCCUGGCUCACCAGGCCACUUCAGCGUCAGUGUGUGGAGGCGCGGAGCCGAGGACAGCAUCUGGGAGAGCACCUGCUGCUGGUGACGGGGGCGAGGCCUGUACCACAGGGCCAUGGGGGGUGGUGGCUGACCCACCUCGGAAGGGGCAUCCGCACGGUCCUCAGACCCUCACGGGCGUCACCCGGCUGCAGCCAGGCCCCGGGAAGAGCCAGCAGCUGACUGUAGCUCGCGCCGGGGCCAGACGUGGGCUGGAGGCACAGAGCCCCGUCUGGGAUGGGCCGCAGCUGGGGGCCUGGGUGGGCGGUGGGCGCGAAGCCAGGGGUGAAGACAAGGCUCCUCUCCCGCUGCUGUCUCCCCGGUCCAGCAGGAACGCUGGGCCGCGGCAGAGCCGGCCGGUGCCUACCAAUGGCGGGGGGGCGGUGCGCUGCCCCUGCACAGAAGCUAGUGGAGCCUGCGAUGGCUGCAGUGACGAACAUGCUUCCUGUCUGUGGUUCUCCAGGCCCUCGGGAAUGGCUGGGCGAUGCUGGUCACACAGCGCUGACAGCCAGGCGGCAGUGAUUGGGCGGGACCUGGGGACUGAAGUGGCAGACACGGCGGCUGGCGUUGUGGGCAUCUGGGUGCUCAGCGGCAGGGCCCUGCUGGGCUCGGAUUACGGCCUGCAGGGGACACCCCGGCCAGCCCUGGGCAGCGGUCACAGCCCCGGAGGCCAGCAGGUUUCGUGUGAAGCUUGUCUGGAGACGCCGGUCCUCUUCCGCUUGCCCCUGGGGCGGAGGGCAGUUGCAUCCCCCGUCCAGCACUCCAGACGCCCCCGUCACAUCGAGGGCCCAGCCUCCGUGGCCACGGGCAGGACCCUGAGGGCCGAGGGGGGGACACUGCCGGCUGGAGGCUGGGAGCCUGCCUCUCCCGGGGCCUCCGUGACGGAGGCAGAGGCAGAAAGACUUGACCUUCUGAGCCCAGCGGGGGCGGCUGCAGUGAUGGGGGCAGGAAGCGGGAGAUGCCCUCCGAGGAGGCGGCUCCACGCAUUCCCCGCUCAUCCCCGGGGCCCUGUGUCUGCCCAGGGAGGCGGCUGGCCCCCCACCCGGAUGCCCAGCGGCUGA